AUGUCACUUCCUCAAUUCGCCCCAUUUCCAGACUCCAAGGUCCGGCGGAACAUCCUGCCGGAAGAGUGGCAGCUGUAUCUGGAGUCGUGGACGUCACUCGCAGACCUCUAUUUACGCCUCAACAACCAACAAUUUUCAAAAGCAGCAGAAGAGUCUGACUCUUUGGCGUCUUUCCUUGUGUCUUUCUUUCACGAAUUGGCCAGUGAUGAAGGCCUUACAUCGAGAGUUAUAUCACUGCGAAAGAAGUGCUUUUUCCUACUCCACAGGAUUUUCUCAACACCAAAGGUUCCCGCCCCUUUGCUCAGUUGGCCGAUACUGUCGGAUUUCUGUCAUGUCUUCCCAAAGAGCGAACAAUUCCGCACCUUGGUACAAACCUUGUGGCAACGGGAGAGUGGAGCUAUUGAGAAGUCAUUACAGACAGCAAAAAACUCCUUGAUCAGAAAUCUCGAAUCAAAGCGACCAGAAGAAGCUGAGGGAACUUUGAACAGGAUAGCACCACUUUUAAGAGUUUCCCCGGACGCCAGCAUCUACAUGCUUACAGGAUCUGACUUUCUGGAUUCUCUGUAUAGCGCAUACCCUCAGGCACCAACUUCGAUGCAAAAGAAACUUGUCACAAUAGCAUAUCUAGGGCUUACUGCGGCACUGGAAGGACCAAAACCGAACUACUCGCUCUUGUCGGAUCAUUUGUACAGUCUGAAAACCAACGAAGAGCAGGAGCAAAAGAAAGAGCCAGGGAAGAAGACGCUUGUUGCAGAUCUCGUUACCAAUACAUCUUUACUCGAGAAGAUUAGAGACAAAGCCGUAGCUCCUGAAGCAGCGAGAGUGAAGAACACUGCGGCUUCGCUUAGCACAUUUCGCCAAUCCAGCGUUGCUCGUCCAAAGAGACUGAUUCGUCGAAAAGUGGACAAAGGCAAGAGCAGGGCGGAAGGUGAUGAGUAUGGACAUGGUGCAUUCACUGGUGAAGUCCAUAUCCACAAGAUGAGCAUUGUCACUCAAAUACAGGACCUUUUCCCAGAUCUUGGUGCCGGCUUUAUCAUAAAGUUGUUGGAUGAAUACAACGACAACAUCGAGGAGGUCACUGCGCAUCUUCUCGAGGACUCGUUGCCUCCACACCUUACCAACGCUGAUCGUAGCGAAAAACUGCCUACCAACACCACGACACCACAACCUCACCUACCACCCAGAUCAAGCCAACUGCCUGAGCGCCGUAAUGUUUUCGACGAUGAUGAAUUCGACAAACUCGCCGUAGACACAUCACGUCUACAUCUCGGUCGCAGAAACCAAGAUCUCAACGCAGACAACCUCCUCUCAGACCGUAGCAAAGCACCAUCAAAAUCCUCAAUCUUAGCUGCCCUCGCAGUGUUCGAUGCCGAUGACGAUGAGCGCGACGACACAUACGAUGCGGAAGAUGUUGGAGCAUCCGUCGACAACGCCGCUCCCGCCGCAGACGAAGCCGAUGCCGACCUCCGAGACAAGAACGACGAAUCUUUGUUCCGUGCCUACUCCAUGACCCCAGCGCUCUUCAGUCGUGAUGCCGACACACGACGAGGCAAGCCCCGAGCAGCAUUGAAGAGCGAGACGGGCAUGACAGACGAAGCAAUCGAAGGCUGGGGUAUCAUGAUCGGGCGGGAUCCCAAACGAUUGCGGCGUCUGGAAGCCAAGUUCUCUACAUUCGCGGGCCAGCAGCGCGAGCUUACUUCCACAGCCUGGAAAGACUCCGGCGAGGAAGACAGUGGAGACGGGCGACGCGGCGGAAGAGGAGGAUUUGGUGGGAGGGGAGGUGGUACAGGUCGAGGACGCGGUGGGAGGGGCGGUGGAAACGUUGCGGGGCCUGCUGAUGACAAGACGACGCAGGUCGCACGGCAACGGAAAGAUGCUAAUAAGGGCUCGACAGCGAAUCACAACCGCAAGGCUCAGAGAGGGAAGAAGAUGGCUCGAGGCGGAUUCCCAGGGUAG